AUGUUCGGCUUUAUGUCGAAGCCUAAGACGCCAGCGGAAAUAGUGCGAGCGCUCGCGGAUGGGCUUCAGUCGCUGCCACGAGAUGAUAAGAGUGCAGAGGAGGUGUUGAAAAGCCUGGUGACUGUGCGAGUGCUGCUGAUAGGCGAUUUGGACGCGCCGCCCAACAAAGAGGCUGUAGCGGCGGCUGUAGCGGAGUCGGUCAAGUGUGAUCUGCUGCCUCUGCUGGUGUCGCGUCUGCCUGUCUUUGACUGGGAGGCACGCAAGGAGAUGGUGCUGGUGUGGACGUACCUCCUUGCACACGGCGGGAAGAGACGGCGACCAAAGGGGGAUGAUGACGAGGAUGAGGAUGAGGAGGAGGAGGAGGGAGGGGAGGGCGGGGGAGCACAGAAGGGAGCGCCUCAGGAGGAAGAGGAAGAAGAAGGACCGGCAGUGGCGUUGGAGUUUGUGGAGAGGCAUACAGAGCUGGUGGAUAAGCUUGUACGCGGCUACAAGCAGAAGGACAUUGCUCAGAAUUCCGGUCUCAUGCUGAGAGAAUGCCUUCGCUCGCCCAAACUCGUCAGCCACACACUGCAGUUUUCGAAUCUAGACAUCAUCAUGGGCGGCUGUGACCUGCAGAACUUUGACACUGCCUCCGACGCCUUCCUCACCCUCAAGGACCUGCUGAAGCAACAUCCGUCUGUGGCAGCAGAAUUCUUAAUGACCAACUUCGAGGAUUUCUUCAAGCGCUUUGAUCUGCUCCUCAACUCGGACAACUAUGUCACAAGAAGACAAGCUAUCAAGCUGCUAGGCGAGCUUCUUCUGGACCGAGCCAACAUGCAAGUGAUGAUGCGAUACAUUGGAGAGGCACACAACUUCAAGAUCAUGAUGACUCUCAUCAAGGACCCCAGCAGAGCCAUUCAAUACGAGGCCUUCCACGUGUUUAAGAUCUUUGUGGCGAAUCCACGGAAGCCAGAGAAGAUUGUGAAGCUGCUGGCGCGCAACAAGGACAAGAUGGUCAAAUUCCUCAAGGACUUUGAGAUCGACAAAGGUGUGCGCACGUGCUAA